AUGAUGUGCACCGAUGUAGUAUUUUGCAAUUCAUACGCCACGAUUCACAGCCCAGUUGGCGGCCAACACGGUGCCAGACAGGUCAGGGGCCCGACCAGAAAGGCAGGCGAAUUGCGAGGUAAGAGGGUGCACAGGAGUGGCGCAAGGGGCACUGAGGUGCGUGAAAGGAAGGCGAACGGGAAUAAGCAGAAGGGAAAGUGGACGUGUAUGAAGGGGAGAGGAGUGAGCAGGGAGGCAAGGAAGAGAAUGAAAUGA